UGGGCUAGCAACUCCACCCCAUAAAACUCUAACUGCUAUAGAAACGGCAAAAAGAGAAACAGAGACUAACUUCCUGGGAAAUGAAGGAUCUCCGACAACUCGGAGACAUAUGACGCUAGAGGGUGAAAGCCGGAAGGAAGCCAUCGAGCCGACCAACCUUCUUUCGACCAGGAGAACCCUUAUCGGUACAUGGAAUGUCAGGACCAUGUACGAGACAGGAAAGACGGCACAGGUAGCUGCCGAGAUGAAAAAGAACAACCUGAUCAUGUUGGGUAUCAGUGAAACCAGAUGGACAGAAGUCGGACAGAGAAAACUGAAGACAAGAGAACUGUUGCUGUACUCUGGGCAUGAAGAGAAUAAUGCAACCCAUACGCAGGGAGUAGGCCUCAUGUUGUCCAAACUAGCACAGAAGGCGUUGAUUGGAUGGGAGGCACACGGCCCCAGAAUCAUCACAGCAUCCUUCAGAACCAAACACAAGAAGAUAAAACUCAAAGUCAUCCAGAGUUACGCUCCAACUAAUGACUCUAGUGAAAAAGAAAAGGACCAGUUCUACAACAGACUGCAGAAAAUCGUAGAGACAUUUCGAGCCAGAGACAUUGUCAUCCUUAUGGGAGACUUCAACGCCAAGAUCGGACCCGACAAUACAGGAUUUGAAAAAGUCAUGGGGAUCCACGGGCUGGGAGUGAUGAACGAUAAUGGAGAGAGAUUUACGGAACUGUGUGCGCUCAAUAACCUGGGGCCCCUGGUCAUCGGAGGCAGCAUCUUCCCUCACAAGAGGAUCCACAAAAGCACCUGGGUAUCACCAGAUAGCUUGACAGAGAACCAGAUUGACCACAUCUGCAUUUGCAAGAAGUUUAGAAGAUCCCUUCAGGACGUUAGAGUUAGAAGAGGAGCAGAUCUGGCUUCCGACCACCACCUAGUAGUAGCCAGCAUACAGCUGAAGUUGAAGAAGAACUGGAAGGAAACAACACAGUGUAGAGUGAAGUACGAUGUCAGCCGUCUGAAAAUCUCCAACGUCAGGGAAGAGUUUCGACUUCAGUUGAAGAACAAGUUUGAGGUGCUACAAGAACGGCACCAGGAAGAGGAAGGAAGUAGGGUGCAGAUCAGCUGGCAGGCAGUAAAAGAGACACUGAGAACAGCCUGUCAAGAAAUGGUUGGAACGAAGAAACAACAUCACAAAGAGUGGAUCACAGCUGGGGCCUUGGGAAGAAUAGAAGAGAGGAAACAGAAGAAAGCGGCAGUCAAUAACAGCAGGACUAGGGCAUCAAAAGCUACGGCCCAAGAGGAAUACGCAGAAGCCCAUAGAACAGUGAAGAAGAGCAUUAGGAAGGACAAGAAAGACUUCAUAGACGGACUUGCAGCUGAAGCAGAACAGGCAGUGUACAAUGGUAACAUGAAACAGUUGUAUGACUCAACUAAGAAACUAUCUGGGAAAUACAAUAGGCCAGAGCGACCCGUCAAAGACAAGGAGGGAAAGGCCAUCACAGGACUAGAACAGCAGAUGAAUAGAUGGUCUGAACAUUUUGAGGAACUUCUGAACAGACCAGUACCACCAAACCCUCCAGACAUCAACCCAGCCAACGAAGAUCUCCCCAUUAACUGCGGUAAGCCGACCAGAGAAGAGAUCAGGAAGGCCAUCACCCUGAUGAAGAAUGGGAAGGCAGCUGGACCUGACGACAUACCAGCAGAAGCCCUAAAAGCAGACCUGGAAGCAUCGGUGGAGAUGCUGUACCCCCUUUUCGAGAAGAUCUGGGAGGAGGAAGAGAUACCGACUGACUGGAAGGAGGGUUACCUAGUCAAGCUUCAAAAAGGGGACCUAAGUAAUUGUAACAACUACAGAGGUAUCACACUCCUGUCAGUGCCAGGCAAGGUCUUCAACCAGAUCCUCCUAGAGCGGAUGAAGGACAUCGUCGAUCCACAAUUACGAGAUGAGCAAGCAGGUUUCAGGCAGAAUCGAUCAUGCACAGACCAGAUUGCAACGCUACGUAUCAUAGUCGAGCAGUCUUUGGAGUGGAAUACACCGUUGUACAUUAACUUUGUCGACUAUGAGAAGGCGUUUGACAGUGUGGAUCGAGGGACCCUGUGGAAGCUCCUCCGGCACUACGGCAUCCCAGCCAAGGUGGUCAAUCUGAUCAAGAGCUCAUAUGAGGGAAUAACCUGCAGAGUGAUCCAUGGAGGGCAGCUCACUAACAGCUUCCAAGUGAAGACGGGAGUCCGACAGGGAUGCUUGUUAUCCCCGUUCCUCUUCCUCAUUGCUAUCGACUGGAUCAUGAAGACAUCCACUAGUGAACGCAGGAAUGGAAUCCAGUGGACCUUGUGGAGCCAAUUGGAAGACUUAGAGUUUGCAGACGAUCUUGCACUUCUUUCCCACAGUCAGCAGCAGAUACAAGAAAAGACAAAUGUGUUGGCAGCCACAUCAUCACAGGUUGGACUCAACAUACACACGGAGAAGACAAAGAUUAUUAAGAUCAACUCCAGCAGCAACAACCCAGUCACCUUAAAUGGAAGUUCCCUGGAGGAGAUACAGUCCUUCACCUACCUGGGAAGCAUCAUCGACCAGCAGGGUGGAACAGAUACAGACGUCAAGGCAAGGAUCGGCAAAGCAAGAGCCGCCUUUAUCCAGCUCAAGAACAUCUGGGCUUCCAGAGAACUAACCUUGACCACCAAGAUCCGUCUGUUUAACACAAAUGUGAAGUCAGUACUGUUGUACGGGGCCGAAACCUGGAGGACAACCAAAAACACCACCCGAAGAAUCCAGACUUUCACCAACACCUGUCUCAGAAAGAUCCUCCACAUUCGCUGGCCAGACACCAUCAGUAACACUAAUCUAUGGGAAAGGACCUGCCAACAUUCAGUAGAAGCAGAAAUCUGGAAGAGAAGAUGAUGAUGGAUGGGGCACACCUUACGCAAACCGCAAACCAGCAUUACCAGACAGGCUCUCAGAUGGAACCCCCAAGGAAAGUGGAAGAGAGGCCGUUCAAGAAACACCUGGCGACGCGACCUCGAGGCAGACAUCACAAGGAUGGGCUACACCUGGAGUCAACUAGAAAGAAUGGCUCAGGACAGAAACCUCUGGAGAUUUACCUUUGGCAGCCCAUACCCCGGAAGGGGUGGAGGGCAUAAACAAAAUUGCAUGCCUGAUAACGCGAUUGGAAUAAUUCCGAGCGAUCAUUACAAAAGCACUCACAAAGCUUAUUCUAACGCCUCUAUUCAAUGGCUGAUGUUUCUUUCCGAGAAGGAAAAUAUAAACAUUCGACACGCCCUGAAUCACGGUGAAGUAAAGAUGGGUUCCUUUUAUCUAGACGACUACACCGAAGUUCAGGGCGUCCCGACAGCCUUUGAGUUUGCCGGAUGCUUUUAUCACGGCUGCCCCAAAUGCUACGAGGUGUAUGCUAAACAUCCUCUCACGGGGGCGCCUUUUGCCGAUUUGUUUAAGACGUUUGAAGACAAGCUGAAGGAAUUGCAUGAAAAAUUUAAUCUGACGGUUAGAGUGCUCUGGGAACAUCAAUGGGAAAGCAUGAAAAAAGAAGACUCGGAGCUUCAGGAUUUCUUGAGACGCUUUGAGUUUCCUGAACCUAUCAAUCCCCGUGAUGCCCUGUAUGGAGGGCGCACCAACGCUAUCAAAUUAUAUCAUAAGGUUCAAGGCGACGAGCAGAUGCAUUAUUACGAUUUUACAAGUCUGUACCCUUACGUCAACAAAACAAAAACCUACCCGAUCGGCCAUCCAACCUUUGUUUUUGAGGACUUUGGGGAUCUUAAACAUUACUUCGGGCUCGUUAAAAUCACCAUGCUACCCCCUCGCAAUCUGUAUUUUCCGGUCCUCCCUUUAAGAAUUUGCGGUAAAUGGAUGUUCACUCUGUGUCGUACGUGUGCAGAAACCCAAACAACCACCGGCCUUUGCCGUCACAAUGACCGGGAAAGGUCUUUAACAGGAACCUGGUGCAGCGUCGAAAUACUAAAAGCCUUAGAUAAAGGGUAUAGAGUUUUAAAAAUACACGAGACAUGGCACUAUGAACAGAGCACCUCCGAUUUAUUUGCCGAUUACAUCAAAAUUCAUCUCAAAGGCAAACAGGAAGCCUCUGGGUGGCCCUCGUGGGCCCAGGACGAGGCCUCCCGCCGACGCUAUGUUGACGACUAUUUUAUAAAAGAAGGCGUCUUAUUGGAGAGUGAAAACAUCGCCUCCAACCCCACUAAGAGACAAAUUUCCAAAUUAUUUCUGAAUUCUCUUUGGGGAAAAUUCGGUCAGAAGCCUAAUCAACCGACCACGACGUUUGUUAAACACACCCAAGAAUUUUUCGAUUACCUGUUCUCAGACGUGUAUAGGGUGUCCUAUUUUGGUUUUGUCAGUGACGAAAUCGCUCAAGUGCAGUGGAGGUAUUCGGAUGACAGAUACGUUCUACCCGGCCCCGUCAACGUGGUGAUCGCCGCUUUUACCACAGCCUAUGCCCGCCUAGAAUUGUACAAUGUGCUGGAACACUUAGGGUCGAGGAUUCUGUAUUAUGAUACAGAUUCCGUUAUUUUCACAGCCACGCCCGGGCAGUACACCCCGCCGCUCGGGGACUAUUUAGGGGAACUCACCAGCGAACUAGAUCCUGACGAUUUUAUAGAAGAAUUUGUUUCUGGGGGUCCGAAAACGUACGCGUACAAAACGUUCAAAGGCAAGGUCUGCAUGAAGGUAAAGGGCAUUACUCUCAAUCACGAAACGGCUCAAAAGGUAAACCUAUACUCGCUAAUGGAUCUAGUGCAUAGUUUUGUGGAACACAAUCUCGCAAAAGAAAUAACGGUUCAGGGCUCCCAGAUUCAUAGGAACAAAAAGAACCUGACGUUACAAAUUCGUCCACUCAGAAAAAGAUUCAGAGUGGUUCUCGGGACCCUCUUGUUCGGGCAAAUCGCAUUAUGCGAAAAAGUUUUGGAACACGUGGACCAUGUGCUUUCUCGUCGCCCCGACAAUAUAGUUUGGUUUUACAGCUGCUGGCAGCCUCUGUACGACGAGCUACUAGCCCGAUUUCCCAAAAUCAAAUUUUUGGAGGGAUUACCCGUCUCCUUAAGCGACGACGAACUACUGCCCCCUGACCGCGUUAACCUGGUGAUCGUCGACGAUUUGAUGGAACAGCAAAUGGCUCAAUGGCAACAGAAAGCCCCAGCUUCCCCCGACCUUUUAACCGCUACGGAAAGUGAACUGGAUAAACAAAUGAAAUUCAUACUCGAACGUAAUGACUUGAGCGCCAAGGCAAAAGUAAAACUUUAUAUAUCCGUCUUGCAAAGAUACCUGACGUUUGUGAAAAAAGCGGAUAAAGAAACCGGGCCUCUGACGCUAUUGCUGCCAGCCGAGAGCAAAGAGGAGCCGCCGGGGGCUCUCAAAGAGCCUCCUAGUAACCCCGAAGACCGGGUGUACGACGAGAUUUUGAUAAGCACGCCGGAUAAAUCAAAGAAAUACAUCAAAAUUAUUUUACAGAAAAUGUCGUAUAACCCUAAUAUAACCUACUGGAAUGGCUUGGGAGAGUUUGUGCUUCAUGGAGAACCGUUACCCGGGACAAAUAUGUUCGAUCUAAUGCGGAACUUGACCGCCCGACACAACAUUCCCUCCUAUCGGAGACCUCGGGGGUGGAAAGAAUUUGUUAAGGCCCUGGCCGGUUUGAACAUUCCGGCCUCAGCCGUGCCAAAUGCCGACACGAGAGAACUUUUAGAGAGUUUCAAACCCUCUGCCACUGCCGCUACUGCUGCCAUGAUCUCUGCUUCCGCUACACCUGUUCAUGACCUCUUGAUAAGAGAGUCCUUUUCCUCUGUGGUGCAGGAAAAAAUACAGUGUUACCCGCAGACGCUGGAAAACCAGCUUUGA